GUAGUGAAGCGACACGAGUGCUAACUGCCAACCGCUAGUGAAGUGAACAGCGGCACAACACUAGUCAGCCACUGACCGGACGACGCGACAACGCGCAUGUGCCAAAUCGUGACAAUAACGACAAUAAUUACGAAAAAUAUGAAUAAUUAAAACUAAACUCAAUUUGUAACUACUUGCCACGUUUAAAUUUUAAUUAAAUUCUUAUAGGAACAUUUCUUUCACAAUUAAAACUAUUUUUUGUUUAUGUAAAAUACAAUAGUUUUUACAAUUAAUAAAGUGAUUAAUGUUGUGUGUAAUUAAAAAUCGUUGUUAAAUUUUGGUGAAGUUCGUCUGCGUGGAGUAGGGAUCCAUAAAGUUAUUCAAAAGAUGAGAGAGUCAUAAGAAAGAACGACAAGAAGCUGAUUUUAUUGUUCACAACAAGCCAUCAAAAUGUCGGCGUCCGCGUCCAGCCCGGAGCAGUUCAACCUGGACGGCAUCCUCAGCGAGCUGGGCAGCUACGGCAAGUACCAGCUGCUGCUGCUGCUGCUGCUGGCCUUCCGCGACUCCUUCCUCAACAUGUGCAACUUCAACUACGUCUUCACCGCCGCGGAGGUGCCCUUCAGAUGCGACAUUCCGGAAUGCGAGUCGUCCCUGGGUAGCUUCAACCAGUCGUGGAGCAUCCUGGCGGACACCAACUCCACGUGCCAGCGCCCCGUGCUCGCCACCAACGUGACGAGCAUGACUUGCUCGCCGGAAAUGUUCCUGUCAAACAGGACCGUGCCCUGCGAGCACGUUGUCUACGAGGACUACAACAGUAUUGUCGCUGAAUUCGACUUGGGGUGCCAGCCGUGGAAGAGGACUCUCAUCGGCACCGUCCACAACCUCGGCCUGCUGGUCUCCUUCAUUGUGUCAGGGUUCAUCUCCGACAGGUAUGGGCGCAAGGUGAUCAUCGUGGGCACGCCGCUGAUGGUGGGCGUGGCCGGGCUGCUCAAGUCCAUCGCCGCGGACUACUGGACGCUGCUGGUGCUGGAGUUCCUGGAGACGGCUCUGGGCUACGGGAACGCGUCUAUGGUUCUGUCGCUAGAAUCCGUGAGCCAGAACAACCGCGUGGCGUUCUCCUGCAUAUCAGAUAUCCUGUCGAGUCUGGGCGGCGCGUUCUUCGGCCUCAUCGCGUGGAAGAUCCCCUACUGGAGGCACAUGAUGCGGGCCAUCUAUGCGCCGCUGCUGAUCGUGGUGUUCUACAUCUUCCUGGUGGACGAGGGCGUGCGCUGGCUGCUGGCCAACAACCGCAAGCACGAGGCGGUGCGGGUGCUCAACAAGGUGGCCAAGAUCAACAACAUCACGCUCUCCAGCAAGGCGCGCGACAUGCUGAUGAUGAUCACCGAGGAGCAGAAUAAGGCGGAGGAGGCUGGGAAACCACAACAUCAAGAAACCCCGCGCAUAUUGUCGGUUUUGCGAUCAAAGAAGAUAGUUCUCCGCAUCACCAUCAUAGCCGGCUGCUUCUUCUGCUGCAUGUUCGUGUACAGCGGCACCAUCAUCAACUCCGCCAACAUCUCGGGCAACAAGUACCUCAACUACUCGGCCCUGCUGCUGGUGGCUGUCCCCACGAGGAUAGUGACCGCCUUGACCUUGACCAGGUUUGGCAGAAAGACGCCGAUAUGUGUGGCCUACUGUCUGUGUGCCGUGUUCUUUAUGACGUCUGCUUUUGUUCCUAAAACAAUCUGGUGGGCGUCGGUGAUGUUCUACAUGGCCGGCAAGAUGUGCAGCAGCUACGGCAUCUUCUCCAUCAGCGUGGUGGCCAUGGAGGUGUUCCCCACCGUCACCCGCAACUCGCUCACCAACAUCGCCAACACGGUGGGCCGCCUGGGCUCCGUGCUUGCUCCCCAGACGCCGUUGCUUGAGCAGUACAUGCCGGGGCUGCCCAGCGUAGUGUUCGCAGUGGCAGCGCUGGGCCCCGCCGUGCUGGCGCUGUGCCUGCCCGACACCAGCCGCACCGCGCUGCCGGAGAGGGUGGCGGAUGCGGAGCAAAUGGACGAGGAGCCUGCCACCAACAACGCCGCACCCGCGUGAUACAGUGACUUGAAAGACUGCUAAAGCAUAGAUUAGAAGUAGAGCUCAUUGUGAUACUUAAUAACGAAGAAUUGGAAACGCAUAAUAUACAGAUUGUGAUACUUGAUAGAAAAGGACUGCAAAAAGGUGUAGUAGAGCUGUUUAUGUCAAAACAACUUACUUAAAACAGUUACACAGUGGCUUCGUGAUAGUGUUUUAAGAGACUGCUAAAUCAUAGAAGUAGGGCUCAUUGUGAUACUUAAUAAUGAUGGACUGCAAACGCGUAGGAUAGAGAUUGUGAUACUUAAUGGAAAAGGACUGCAAAAAGGUGUGAUGAUAGUAAACGGCUCUACAGCCGUUUAUGUAGUACGCAUGUUUCUGAUGUCACGCAUCAGUGUGAAUAUGAAGGUUGUCGUUGAAAUCAUAGACGAUGACGAGAGACUUUAUAAAGUACGUUUCAAAUAAAUAAUAGAAAGAAAGAUCAUUAUAGGAUGUGUUUUAGCGUGUAAGUGCAAAGAUCAUUUUGAUCAUCUGUUUAUUGGUCAACGAUACGAAAGAAACUGUUAUUUUUUCCCAGUGGAGCAGUGAGCAUUGCUCAAUGACUAUAGUUACUAUUUGAUUAACUGUGAUUUUAAAUAAACUUUAGUGUAAAAUAAAACUCUUCGAGUUAAUGAUACAUGUGACAGAGAUGGUGUAAGAGAUUUGUUGCUCGUGAACGAGCUACAACUUUAUACGAUGUGAUAGGUAGUAAGAGAUAAAAUGUUGUGUAGUGUAUUGUUAUAAUAAAUUGUCAGGUUUUAGUUAUAGCGGACUAUAAUUUUAUUGUUAACGAAGUCUCAUAUAAGUUGAUAUCAUUAUUGUUUUGCAUGAACUUGAAGUGCAUGCUUUGGAACGUAAUCAUAUAAUGUAUAGAUAGGUGCCAUUUCUUUUAAGUAGCAAAUUCAAUUUUGUAAAGUUUUGUAUGAUUUAAUCUUUAGAUUGUGUGUUGUAUAUAGGUGCAAUUGUAUAAUAUAUUUUUGAUCUGUUCAA